ACCAGGCUCACCCUUCUCGCGGAGAAAACGCAUUAGUCAUAGAUGAAACAGCACAGAGCGUGCCGGGAGCCCGGGGGAGCGGGGGGUGCAGACCCUUCCGAAAAUGUGCAGAGCCUUGGACGCCUGAGAGGAAAGCUAGAACUGACCGCGCUCAGGAGAGGAGGACAGGGACGCGGGGUGGCGCUGACUUGGUUAGAGCCCAGAACUAAGUGCGUAAACGAUGCUCAUUGAACAAGGAAACAGAGUCAAGCCAAGUGUUCCGUACGACACCGCAAAGCCGCGGGUCACGGUAAUAGACAAAGGGCGGAAGGCUCCCCCCGCAGCCCGGGACAGGAUCUCCAGGGCCCCGCAGCGUGAACGCGCGGGAGCGCGCGCAGGCGGAGGAGUGGCCCCAAAGAAUCCAGCGUGACCUGCGAGCGCAUCGGCCUCAGCCAACUCCCAGCAGCGCCCCAGGCCGUUCUGCCCCGCGAGGGAAACGGAGCCGUUGACCAUGGUUGCAACUGGCAGUUUGAGCAGUAAGAACCCGGGCAGCAUUUCAGAGUUGCUGGACCAUGGCUUCUACCCGGGGAGCCUGAUAAAUGAUUUUGACUACUGGGAUUAUGUUGUUCCUGAACCUAACCUCAAUGAGGUAAUAUUUGAGGAGACGACUUGCCAGAGUUUGGUCAAAAUGCUGGAGAACUGUCUGUCCAAAUCCAAGCAAACCAAACUGGGUUGCUCCAAAGUCCUUGUCCCUGAGAAACUGACGCAGAGAAUCGCUCAGGACGUCCUGCGCCUUGCCUCCACGGAGCCCUGCGGCCUGCGAGGGUGUGUCCUGCACGUGAACAUGGAGGUGGGCAAUGUAUGUACAAAGCUGGAUCGGAUUGUGUGUGACUCCACUGUGGUGCCCACGUUUGAGCUUACACUCGUGUUUAAGCAGGAGAACUGCUCAUGGACCAGCUUCAGGGACUUUUUCUUUAGUCGCGGUCGCUUCUCAUCCAGCCUCAGACGAACUCUGAUCCUGAGCUCAGGAUUUCGGCUUGUUAAGAAAAAGCUUUACUCCUUGAUUGGAACGACAGUCAUUGAAGAGUGCUAAGAGGGAAACAUUUUACUAGUAAAAGGUCCUUUUUAUGAUUGGGUAAUAAAACUCUGCAGCUGCUCAGUUACAGUCAUUGUAGUUUGCCCUGCCUGCUUUCAACGAAAAACCCCCAGUCGAGUUCUUCUGCAUUUCAUAGUCACAGCAAGCCCAACUAAAGGGAUCCUUCUGUGGCUCUUGAGAAAUGACCCCCAUGUCUGCAUUAUAUCACUUUUUUUUUUUUUAACAAAAUGGAAUGGCAUGGAAUAAGGAAGGAAAAGGAGCAAUCCACUUCAGCUUUGUAUUUGACUACACAAAGUGUUCCAUGUAGUCUUGCUGAUAGACUAUUAAACCAACUUUGUUUAGUUUGA